GGCAGCAGCAGCAGGAAAGGGGACUGGGGGGGCUGGGGGUGGGGGAGCUGGGUUUUUGCCAUCGCUACGCCCUCUUUUUUGGAAAUCUUUGUCUCUGCCUCUGUCUCUGCCUCUCGCUUGCAUGAUCGCAAGCCUCCAGACAUUGGAUUUGGUGGGUAGCCAUGGCGAAGAAAGGUGUGAAAGCAGUAACAGAGAUCGCAGAUGACGAGGUUCGUGUGCCUCUACAAGCCGUGGUGCUGGCUGACAGCUUUACGCAGAAGUUUCGCCCGAUCACGCUUGAGAAGCCUAAGGUUCUUCUGCCAUUGGUGAGUGUCCCCCUGAUAGACUACACCCUAGAGUGGUUAGCAUAUCAGGGAGUGGAAGAGUGUUUCGUGUUUUGUUGUGCUCACGCAAAUCAGGUGACGAACCACUUGGCCAAGUCGAAAUGGAGGUCGCAACCCAAUUUCUCUGUUACGCCAAUCGAAUCUCAUGAUUGUGUCAGUGCUGGGGAUGCAUUGCGGUUGAUUGAACAAAGAGGCGUGGUUCGUGGGGACUUUGUGUUAGUAAGUGGCGAUACGGUUAGCAACAUGUCCUUGAAAGAAGUGAUCAAGGAACAUCAAGAGAGGAGGAAGAAUGACAAAUUGGCCGUGAUGACCAUGGUGGUCAAAAGAGCAAAGCCUUCCCCUUCAACAUUUCACGCCCGCUUAGGAAAUGAUGAACUGCUACUUGCCAUAGAUCCACACAGCAAGCAAUUGUUACACUAUGACCCUGGUCGGGAGUAUGGAGGUCGCGAUAACUUUCAGCACCUACCCAGUCAGCGCAAUGUGCUACUAGAACGGUCUGCACUUAAUGAUCGACCCUCUGUGCAGCUAUGCACCAAUUUGCAGGAUUGUCAUAUUGAUAUCUGCUCACCUGAGGUUCUUGAUCUCUUCACGGACAAUUUUGACUACCAGCAAAUUCGUCGCGACUUUGUAAAAGGACUCCUUAGUGAUGAGAUCAUGGGCAAUAAAAUAUUCACUUAUGAAAUCGGAAGGGAAUAUGCUGCACGGGUCGAGAACCUAAGAGCUUAUGAUGUUGUCAGUCAAGAUGUUGUACAUCGGUGGACCUACCCAAUGGUUCCUGAUAUUCCUUUCGGGGGCAAUACUUCCGGCAUGAGAUUGGAACGCUGCAACGUGUACAAGGGAACUGGUCUCACCUUAUCGCGAACAUCAACAAUCGGAGAGAACUCCGUGCUAGGUUCGGGGACAGAAAUUGGUGAAGGAACUAUUAUCAAGCGUUCAGUUAUUGGUCGUGGUUGCCGGAUUGGGAAGAAUGUUUCUAUUGAAGGUUGUCACAUCUGGGACAAUGUCACAAUUGAAGAUGAUGCUCAAUUGCAAUAUUCAGUUGUUUGCGAUGGUGCAAUUGUGAAAGCUGGAGCAGUUUUGAAGCCUGGGGUUGUGUUGUCUUUCAAAGUGGUGAUUGGUCCGAAGUUUGUCGUUCCUGCUUACUCAAAGAUCUCAAUGAUGCGGCAACCUACUGAAGAAGAUACCAGUGAUGAAGAGUUGGAAUAUGCGGAUGCCGCUAGUGGUCGAGCAGAUAGCCCUCGUCCUUUUCUUGACGAUGCAGACAGUCGUAAUGGAAGUGCUGCUGGAGAAGUAGAGGAUGUUGACGAGUCUGGUGAUUGGGAUCCUGAUGAAGUCGGUGAAACAGGGGCUGGUUACAGGUGGUCUAACAGAGAUGGGAGUCAGGAAGAGGAUUGGAGGCACUCAGUGGCUCCUAUACCCGCAGAUAAGAUACGAGAACUAGUCUCAGCAGAAGAGGAAGGAGAGAUUGAGGAGGCUGAUAACGAUUUCGGGGCAGCAGCUAGGGAUAGCAUAGCCGGCACAGGAGUAGAGGGAGACGAGGAGACUGAGGACGACGAAGACGAUUUUGAAAAGGAGGUUGAGGGUACAUUUUUGAGGUUAGCUGAAGGUACAGCUGGAGUCCAGCCUGAGCAUGUAGUAAUUGAGGUUAACAGCUUAAAGUUGGCAUACAACAAAACUUUUGCAGACUGUGCUGGGGCAAUGUUCAAGGCCUUGGCGAAUCUUGCGUGGGGAGGUUCUCAUGCUUCUGCAAAGGAGUUGUUGAUGAGCACCAAGGAAAUAAUCUCAAAGUGGGGUUCUUUGCUUCAAAAGUUUUUGAAAGGCUCUGAUGAUGAGCACGAGAUUCUUCUCACUUUCGAAGAAGUCUGCUCAGAGUGUCACAAGGAGUUUGCUCCACUCUUCUCUCAGAUUUUACAAGUACUUUACGACAAAGAUAUUGUCUCUGAGGAUGCGAUCUUGGCUUGGGCUGAAGAAAAGCAAGAUGCUGAUGACAACGAUAGGGUGUUUCUGAAGCAGUCAGAACCUUUCAUUCAGUGGCUAAAGGAGGCCCCAGAGGAAGACGAUGACGAGGACGACGAAUGAGACGGUCCUUGUUUAUGAAUCCGUUCGCUAUUCGUUGUCUCUUAAGAAGGGGCUGUAUUAAUAUCUGGAAGCCGGCAGAUUUAACUCAUAAUUUGUUUCAAGGUUAGUCCUCACAUUAUUGGGUGUUUGCAAAUUUAUGCAUAACUCAGAGUUGAACCCAAAGUUUUUUUUUACAAGUAUUUUAGGUCAAUCUCAUGUAAGUGCCUCUGUUAAUACAUGUGCUAUCAUGUGUUAAAUUCCAAAGACUGCAAGACCUCUUGUAUGAUGGGUGGGUUACCUUAA